AUGAAACGGCAUGGAAUCCCUGUCCUAGAUCAUCGCCCAAAAGUCCAUUGCAGAGUCUUUGAAGACAAUACUGGAGCAUUGGAAAUGGCAAAAGUCCACAAGUGGAGACCCAGGACAAAACACCUCUGCACAAAACUGCACCACUUUAGGUCAUAUGUAACAAGGAAGGAGAUUACCAUUCAUCCUAUUGAUACUGAGGAUCAACCAGCUGAUAUACUGACAAAACCGCUGGCUGUCGAACUCUUUAUCAAACAUAGGAAAUGGUUAAUUGGCUGGAUUUUAACAGCACCUGGUGAAGUAAGAUCAUUUGAUGACCAUGAAGUUCUUGGCCUAUUGAAAAGCAAUGAAUAUGAGGGGCCGCAAUUGACAACUAAGCCCCCACAUGCUGACUUCUCGGUUGUGACAUCUCCCCACAUUGCAACUGAACUUCCCUCCUUUUUUGGUAAGACUGCCAAGGAAUCAGUUUUGAACUGGGAUCGUAGCCGUGUUCAAUCAGUUUGUGAUGCCAUGGAGGCUAAGGGAGCUGUUGGUGGCAUGGGGUUGUCGCAAACAGUUAACACAUAUGAAGAUGGGUACGUGCUUUCACAAAUGCAAGAAGAUACUAACAUAUUUGAUGUUGAAAUGGCGUCAAAUGAAGGCAUGGAAUGUGAAAUCGCUUCCAAGCUUGGCAAGAUUGAAGAAGCUGGACAGUUCGUUGAAAAGAUGACAACCAAGACGGGAGUAGGAAGCAAGAGGUCAGCGCUCAAUGCCUUUCACCGUUUAAAGCCAUUGUUCAUGGAAAUAAUGAAUGUGGUCAGCCUUGAUCCUUCCAAGGCAAACUACUUUGAAGACGCAAUGAACAACAGUUUGGAAGAAGAGGCCAACAAAAACAUGGAGAGCAACCAAAAGCGAUCGAAAACGAACAUGUAG